AUGUGGUCCUCCUCCAUCGCACUCGUUGGCGCUGGCCUGGUGCUCACGGCGCACUGCCAUCUUCUUCAGGGCAUUCUUCUCGUCAACGGCACUGAGACCAAAGAAUGGCAAUACGUUCGCAACGUUGCCGGACUGUUUGACAUCGAGGACGAGGUCCUGAAGGAAUAUCCCUGGCUCCAGUACAACAAAAUGCCUCCGCAAUAUGACAUCUACAACACCAACAUUACGUGCGGCCGCAACGCCUUCAGUUUCGCAUCCCAGACCGAAACAGCCGAUGUGCUUGCUGGUUCCGAAGUUGGCUUCCGCGUCUCGUAUGACGGAAUCUCGGAUGUAGGCCCAGGCAAGAACUACUACGGCGAGCCCACCUUUUGGCACGAGGGCCCUGGCAUGAUAUACCUUUCGCGCGCCCCAAAUGAUGAUCUCGAACACUACAGCGGCGAGGAUGGCGAGUGGUUCAAGAUUGCGUACGCAGGGCCAAAAUCGAAGGGCGAGUGGCUGCUGCCCGGAACGCGUGAUUUCAACUUCACGAUUCCGCUAACCACACCACCUGGAAAAUAUCUCAUGCGCACAGAGUACUUCAUGCCUUACUACUAUUUGGACAAGGCCCAAUGGUAUAUCAACUGCGCCCAGGUGAACAUCAUCGGGCCAGGCGGAGGGAAACCGACCGAGUUUGCCAAAUUCCCCGGUACCUACCAGAUGGAUGACCCGGGUAUUUGGGUCCCAGACAACCAGUUUGGACAGGGAUCACCUGAUACGGACUUGAGCCAGUAUCUGCCUCCUGGGCCCCCAGUCUGGAGAGGCUAG